AUGAACAGGCCGAGAAACCGCCAACCGCGUCCUCCGCACCCAGACAAGCGAAACAGCACCCGCUCCGGCCCUUCAUCGCGAGCCUCGCCCGCGACGCCCCAGCAGGCGGCCGGCACCCUGCCUACCGCCCAACAAGUUGUCCCAGGCGCCUCCGUCUUCAUCAUCCUAAAACAAGACCAGCCUACCGGCAGAGAAACGGCCGGCGUGGUCGGCGAACUCCUCACUCGCGGCGGCAACCACACCCGCGGCAUCAAAGUGCGCUUGAGGAGCGGCCAAGUCGGACGAGUCCAGCGAAUGGGUGCUGCCGCGCCCGAGCCGAUGCCCUCGCCGCCCGACGACUCGCCCAGACCGCCGCAUGCGUCGUCGCAUUUCGCCCGCCGAUACACAGACGUCCGAGCCGACGUGGGCUUUCCCUCGGAGCCUCCGCCCCGGAGUCUGGCGGAUUUCCUCCCUCCCUCGCCGUCCAGCACUCAUGUUGCCCCAGAUCCGGGCCAUGGCUCCGGUGCCGCGGGCAACUACGUGGCUGUCAACUGCCCGUUCUGCGACUCAUUUACGGGGGACGAAGCCGCCGUCACUCAUCACAUUGACCGUGAGCACCUGAGCUGA